CUCUUCUCAUCUCCUUUGGAUUUUCUUCUCUCCGACUCUGAGGUCGAGCUUCUUUUCUUCUCACAAGCUGAUAUUGGGAGAUAUCAAUGCUAGCUCUCUCACUCUAGCGCUCUUGUUUGCACGUUCUGGCAACUUGGAUCAAGCUUCGGGCAGGGUGACCUCUCAACUACCACUCAAAUCUUACCAUUGCGUACACGCGACGAGUGAGUAUGGAUUCAAAUGCCACUGUGACGCCAGUCGCCAACCUGCAGAUACAUCCACCUAGAUGGCAGGGCCUGGAUACUACCUGGACAACUGCAGCGGUAGCUUUGCUACUUCUAGCAAUCACGACCCGAUUCAUUAGCGGCUUCCUUGGGACAUCCAAACCUGCUCAGAAUGGUUCCCAGACAGUACCGAUGCUGCCUUACUGGAUGCCUAUCAUCGGACACAUCCCUCAAUUCAGCUUUGCACCACAGAGUCUGCUCAACAAAGCCCGCGAUGCGUACAGAAGCGGUAUCUUUUCUCUAAAUCUAGGCAGCACAACUCACAAUAUCAUCUUUGCACCUCCCAUGGGUGGUACUUUGAUGAAUCAGAAACACUCAAUCGCAAACAUGGACUCAGUGGGCAAGCAUGUCAUGACUGCGGUUUUUGGUUUCCCAAAAUCAAAGGCAUCCAUGGAGAGAUAUGAUGCAUCCUUAACAGGGCUGAAUACCUGCUACAAGCAUCUGACCUCUGAGCCUUAUCUGGGAGAAAUGGUCCAGAGUACCAUCGAUGUGACGAAACGCAAUAUCGCCAACCUGGUCACCUUCUCAGAGAGCACAGUUGAUCAAGUAGCUUGGGAACGAACCAGCAAUGCCGAAACAAUUACCAAGCCCCAGGGCGAACAAGUUGUGGAAAUCAGCAUGAUGCCCUUGAUUCGAGACUUUAUCGCCGCCAGUGCAAACCCAUCGCUCAUCGGUAGUGAUUUCGUCAAUAACAACCCAGACUUCUUCCAAGACCUUUGGGACAUGGAUAGAGGCUUCAAAUGGCUGGCCACCGGUCUCCCUGCCUGGUUGCCUAUACCUCAAGUCUGGAAAGCAAAAAUCGCCCGCAGUCGUGCCUUCAACGCCGUCCGCAACUUCGACGAAGUCAUGGAAAAAGCAGCAAACGGAGAAGAUCCAGGCCAGGACUGGCAAGAUCUUGACAAUGUAGGCCCAGUCCUGACCCAAAGAUUGAAGCUAUAUCGUCAACUCAACUUCAACAUGGAUGAAAGAGCAGCUCUAGAUCUAUGUCUCUUGUGGGCGAUGAAUGCUAAUGCAAACAUGCUGGUCUUCUGGAUGCUCAACCACAUUUACGCAGACAAAUCUCUUCUCGCCCGACUUCGCGAGGAAAUAGCUCCUUUCGUCCACGCCGUCCAGCCCAAACAACUUUUCGGUGUACCGGAGCCUCCUCGCAUCGACACCUUCGACCACGAAGCCCUCGCGAACAAAUGCCCACUGCUGAAAAGCUGCUACAUCGAGUCUCUGCGCUUGGAUUCGGCAACCUGGAGCUUCAGAGUCAUGCAGGAAGAUUUGAUUCUCGCAGCUUCCAGAGAAAAAGAUGCAGAGAAGUUUCUGCUGAAGAAGGGGACAUAUACUCACAUUGCUCAUUCUAUCCAUCAUACUGAUCCCGCUUAUUUUGACGACCCGCAGACUUGGAGGGCAGAUAGGCAUAUCAAGCGUGAGGAGGAAGAUGGAGAGGUAUCUGUAAACAUGGGGACUAUUCGUGGUGGACAUUCGAUGUGCAAAGGUCGUGCGUUUGCUCAAAAGGAAGCCUUGGUCUUCACGGCAGCUUUCAUCAGUAUGUGGGAUAUGGAGCCUGUUGGAGGCGGUGCUUGGAAGCUACCACGCUUCAAGCCUGCCACUGGAGUAUACACCACGAAUGACGAUAUUCGGGUUUCGGUAUCACGCCGCAAGGGGCUGCCUGAGGCGUAA